AUGGAAGAUUUAAGAAGUCCUGGUGAUGCCUAUUUUUGGACGCCAACUCUGCAAAAACUAUUGGAUACAAGGGACCAAGCACACCGUGCCUGGAAACGCUGUUCCAAUGGACUGAACAAGGCGCUAAAAUGGAUAGACUAUACUGAUGCAAUGGCCCUUUACUGGAUCGAAUUAAAACGAGAACGUAGAGAGACAUGGAAAAAGUUUUGUAGCAAAUUGUCAGAUGGUUCCUUUUCUGAAACCACAUCUAUCAUCAAAAAAUUACGUAGAAAAAAGGUAAUCUCACCCUCUUUCUCUCAGCCUGAAGGUCCAAAAGCAGCAGCCACUGAAAUGGCCCGACAUUUGAGAGGUGUUUUUUCUGGAGACACUCUCCCUGAACUACGUCCUUCUGCCCCACUGAUACCAAUUGGCCCAGCAAUAACGGAUCGUGAUCAACCACUUUUCCAUGACCUACUAAAAAUACGCAUGCCAAAGCUGAUCCCACCGAAACCAGCAAUAGGCGGUGUUUGUAUUCCUCCAGUAGCCUGCGAUUACAAACUUGGUGAAUGUCCCUUUACAGUAGAUGAGGUGAUUAUUAGUCUCCAGUACAAACUGGCUCGACGAAAAGCACAUGGGGUUGACCAUCUUAGAGCUGAAAUGCUCCUACCUAUAUGUGAUGCCAUCGCUCCAAUUCGGGCUAUGCUAUACAGCUUGUGCUGGAUUUGGUCUAUUGUACCUAAAGCAUGGAACACGGCUGAAGUCGCACCCAUCUUUAAAAAAGGUGAUCCCUUACAAGCCGCCAACUAUAGACCCAUCAGUCUCAGAUCUAUUCUACGUAAGCUGAUGGAAAUGUGCUUGACAAGAACACUGCACGCAACAUCUCCAGAUCUUGAUAUUGUUCAAGGUGGUUGUAGUAAAAGUAGACUUUAA